GUAGUCAGUCAUAUUUCCAUCCCCGGUCAGGAAAGUUCAGUAACAGAUUUCUUCAAAUAAUAAAAUAAACAUACUUUCGCAUUUUUACUAAACAUUCAGACUUCACAUUCAGACAUUUUUUCAAGCGAAAGAAAAACGACGAUCAUGGAUGAUCAACGCAACAGGGACUCGCCACCACUACGAAAUAUAGUUAGAUAUGUUCGACCAGACUUUUGUGGCUUCAGCGCGCGUUACACCGUAGCAUUUAUGGCAAUGUUAGGUUUUGUCAUUUCAUUCGGUAUGAAAUGUAAUCUGAGCGCGGCCAAAUCGGAACGGGUACGAAUGUAUAAUGCAACAUCGGGUCAUAUAUGGAAAGAGGAAAUUUCAACGAAGUUUCCUAUCUGAUCAUAUUUUUUGGAAAAUGCAAAACGCAUCUACUGGCUGGAAAAGGCUACCGAAAGACCAUAUUCACUCAAUUUUCGACGAGCAAUCGAUUAAAAGUGGUCACAAUGCGAUCUGAGGGCAUUUCAUGGUCGAAAAAUAGGUCGAAUUGAAGUGAAUUUUUCAACUUGCUCUAUUUUCACUGAAAAUGAUGUUUUUGUUCGGAAAACACGUGAAAUACACCUCUGACGACAUUUUGGUCUUAGAAAACUGCUAUUUUUUCGUGAAAAUAAUGGGAGUCCAAAAACACUUGAAUAUCCAUUUCGUUGUCAUUUUGGUCAUAAAUCGACAUUUUGACAUCUGAAUGUAUGAAAUUGAACUUUUGU